CUGAUUUACAUAGUAGUUUGCUUUGGCAUUCAAAUACAAUUUCCAUUGUGUUGCCAAAAGUUGAAAUGUAAAUGGAGAUAUAAUUUGUAGUUUUUAAGGUGUUAACAUUACAGUUUUAUGGGUGCUAUGUACGAAAAUGCAAUGUGAUUUUUGUUCCGGAUUCCGAUAAGUUCCGGGUGUAUGAACGCAUAGUACCCUAACUUCCGAGAUGUAUUUACUUGUGUGUACUCCUAUACCGUUUUAUGUAAAACAAGGAACACAAAUUUAGCAUCAUACAUGUAAAAUGGUAAAGUUGCUUUUUAUUGGAUCCUUAUACUGACACUGAAAUUAGGGAGUCAGUCUAAUCAGGAAUUAUGUAUUUGAUACUGUCAACGUGUCGUUUCCAGCUAGUUGCGUUUUUUAAAGCAAUUCUUUAACCUUUAAAUCGUUCGUCUUCGGGGGUAGGCACAUGAGUAUCAUCUCGGCAGCAUUCAAAUAAUACCAAUUCUGCCACAGCAACUAUAUUGCUUUCGAUAAUGCAAGCCGAUAAUGCAGUUGUUAAAAGCGAAUGUGUAUACAGUAUUUGACACAGGUCGCUUCCGUAUGUCGGCUACCUGUGUGACUCUCUCUCUCUCUCUCUUUGGCACGCACAUUAACACCUUCGCUCCGUGUGUACCUGUGUUAAUAACGUGUGCUGUUUUUUCUCCUUAAGCUAAUUUUAAAUAAAUGGCGAAUCGACAAGAACAGUGGCCAAAUGUAACAGAUUUUUUUUUAAACGACCGUUAAAUUAUUCAAAAUGAGUCUCGGCAGCUUUCGUAUCCGAGCUUCAUUCAUUCAUUCGUUGGCUGUGCAAGGAGUGCUUGGGCAGGGGUAAUCCAGCACGUGACUGUAGUCAUUGCUGAGCUGAUAGUGUCCGCUACCGGCAAGAAUAGUAACUGCACAGCCGCGCGACCGCGCUGCCAGACUCGCCUCUGUGUUGCCAAGGAACAUGACGUGUCAGCCGUCAGAAGUGCGAGCCGCACGGAAAAAAAAAAAAAAAAAAAACGUUGGACAACCCGUCACGGUUGAUAGCUCCGUAUCGAAAAAAUGCAGAUUUUCUUAUUAGCGUAAUAACUUCAGGGCACGGCUCAUUUGAAUACAACCUUUUGGCACAGAGCGCCCAUCCAACUUCAAAUAAACAAUUACCGAAUGAUCGAAAUGACCUCGGUUUUGUAUUUCGGAUAUUUACUUCACUGACAGUCACAAUAAAAAAGCCCAUUUUAAAAUAAGUAUCAACACAAAUGGUAAUGUGCUACGAGUGUUUCUUUUACGCUCUCACUAUAGUCUCAAUAUCAGACGUUUUAAAAGAUUUGGGUAAGACGGAGCUGCCCACAUGUCAUAUAUCCCAUGGCACAGGUCUGUAGUUUCACAGAUUGUGCCACCGUCGCCGAGAGCAAGAUAUUUCAUUACAGGGACAAACGGUAGAUGGCUCUCUCGAGUUUUUAUAUUUCGCCUGUGAUUGAGUUCCUCAAAUGAUAUUCAUCUAAAUUAGAGACUACCUAACGCACGGCGCCUUGCCAUGGAGCGUAGCAUGAAGUUCUUACAUACCUCCCUCCCCCGCUGCUUCGCUGGCCAUAGGUUGCCAUAUGCUAAACGAAACCAGUGGAUGAACGCAAUUUGACCGUCACUUACGAUAUAACAAUUUAUUGCGCUAAUUAUAAAACUGUAUGACCGUGGCCAUAUUAUAUAUAGUGUGCAGUCUUAGCCUGUGGGUCUCGGAUUUGCUCGGCGGUGCUUAGGCUAUAUACCAUGGCAGUUUGAGUGCUCGGCGCGGGAGCUGCCUGCCCGUGCCGCGUGCCUUGAAUGCAGAGCGAAGAGGCGCUGGCCGUGGUGCUGAAAUGAAUUCUUUAGCCUGGCGGACGAAUCCCAUGCACGACUCUGGCGUGAUGUCCCUUUUAAGAUUUAAGAUUUCUGGAACUCUGUACGCGAUCUAUGGCCCCCUUAAACCGUAACAUGGUUAAUAAACUGUCUCAAUCCACGUUGAGACAAUCCACUGUAAUGCCGAUGUCAAUUGACAAUCCCUUCUCGAUUUCUUUUUCGGUUAUCAGUGCAUUAUUGUAAAGAUACAAUACAUUUUUUCGUAUGUUGUGCAUUUCAGGAUUUACUCAAUUGUUUGCUCUUGCAUCACAGCACACCUGAAAAAUGUUUAAAUGCAUGGUUUGCGAAGAUGUUUAAUAAUUAACUGAAUAAGAGCACGAAUAAAGUAGAGAAAUUGGGAAACGUGUUGAGAUUUAUUUUGUCUGUUCAGAUCGUGUCGUAUCAGGAAAAUUGUGCCUGUGUCUCAGUCCUGUUGGUUUGUUUUUCAGGCUCAAAACACAGUUACUGUCAGUGCCACUGGUUUGGGUUAAUAUGUCGUACAGCGUCCGUAACAACGCCCUGUGCUGUGGGCAUUGAAGAUUCCCGGCGUCUGUCUGUUAUCGCGGUUGAGCGGGGGCGUUAGUUCUCACACAGCUGAUGCAGUCUUACAAGUGUUGAAUUUUACUACCAUCCUGUAGCAACAGUCAAACAACGACGAGGCUACGGGUUCGGCUGCGAUUAACCGAAAGGUGGCUUUCUCUCCUCUGAAAACGAGGGCUAAGGAAAAGCAAGUCCUUCGUACUUGUUGAUGUGCGGGAUACGCCGAGCAAUGCACUGAAGCUGGAAGCCGUUGGCUUUCCGUGGUUUUGUAGCGCGAGACUCGAUGAACAGUGGCAUGAUGUGGCUGCGCUUCGAUGUGUCUUGGCUACCUUAAUCGUUUCUUUCCGGUUACGUUCCGUUUGUUUUUCUGUUGAUUAGUUAGUGAAAACGCAGAAAAACCUUAUUUUUCCUUCCGGUCGUGGGAGCGUCCUAAGUUUAUUUAUUUGCGUGCUGCUGUCACACGGGGUAGACGUCAUCUUCACAAGACCUGGGUCAGCUUUGGUUACAUUUUUUCCCCAAAUCGGUCUACAAUUGCUGUAUUUUGGUUAUCGGAAAAAAAGGAGAAAUGUAUGUAUUUUCCAGAUCUGUGUGAUGUCGUCCACAGAGUGGAACACAAUGGAGUACAAAAAGGAAGAUAUUUUGAAUUAGCGACUAAGAUCUAUCAGGAGAAGUUUUUUUUUUUUUUUCGGAAAUAAGCGGUAGCCUAUUACCUGAUGCCGAGUUCUUAAAUAUCGGUGUAGUAGGUUACUCACAAUUUUACUCAACUCCUCAAAACGAUGAGCGCUGCUAGGAGAAACGAAGGUUCGGUAGAAAUCAUCCAUUUUAGGAAAAGUGUCGCGGAUUGCUUAUAAACUUGAGGAAUAUGUGAGCAGAAACAUUGCAAUCGCGCAGCCCCACCUGGGAGUCGGGCGGACGUCCUUCACGAGUAAUAAUUACAAGAAAAUCGCUUUCGUUUGUUUUGGUUCCUGAUUGCACACUCAGGGAUGAGAAUCGCUGUCCAGCCUGCCGAGUUCUGCAAUUCCGAUCUUCAAUAAAAAGAAGAAAAUAAAAGAAGAAUGGGAGAAACAAGUACCAAAUUGAUUUUUGUUUAAGACUGGAUUGUGGCUUUAACAGAAUUUAGGCAUUUGCCGUGAACUGGACUCCGAGUAAGCUUCAAUUGGAUCUGGCAAAUAAAUAUGACGGUAUGACUAAUUAUUCGUUUUCCCAAUAUUCGUAAGUUUGGGUUAACACAAGGGGUGUUUCCCUUGGAAAUCUGAUAACGGUGUAAUAUUUUGUAGUAUUAUUGACGGCGUUGUGUGUAUGCUCAUUUUUUUAAACCAUGGUGAUACAUCGCUUCUCGUGCCGACGAAAAUGUAGUUAUUGGACUUGCUCGAAAUAUAUCUAUUUGCGUUACUGACAAGGCAAGGACCUUUUAGCCAGAACAAUGGGACUGUAGUAAGGAAUCGGGACACAAAAGGUGACAGUUUGUGUAGUCCGCGCUUCGCGUGCGGAGGUGAACAGUGCUAUCCUGAGACAUGGCAGCGGCUAUCGCCAGCGGUUUGAUCCGCCAGAAGAGACAGGCUCGAGAGCAGCACGUAGACCGGCCCUCAACCCACCGGAGGAGGAAGAGCCCCAGCAAGAACAAGGGUCUGUGCAACGGGAACCUGGUCGAUAUCUUCUCCAAAGUGAGAAUCUUCGGCCUCAGGAAGAGAAGACUACGGAGACAAGAUCCCCAGCUCAAGGGCAUAGUGACCAGGUUAUAUUGCAGGCAGGGAUACUACUUGCAAAUGAACCCAGAUGGAUCUCUCGAUGGAACCAAGGAUGACAGCAGUAAUUCUUCUUUGUUCAACCUCAUCCCUGUGGGCCUUCGAGUCGUCGCCAUUCAGUCCGUGAAGACGGGGCUGUACAUCGCCAUGAACGGAGAGGGGCAUCUGUACACGUCGGAGCUGUUCACGGCGGAGUGCAAGUUCAAAGAGUCGGUGUUCGAGAACUACUACGUGAUCUACUCGUCCAUGCUGUACCGACAGCAGGAGUCGGGCCGGGCCUGGUUCCUGGGCCUCAACAAGGAGGGCCAAGCCAUGAAGGGGAACCGCGUGAAGAAAACCAAACCAGCUGCUCACUUCCUGCCCAAGCCAUUAGAAGUCGCCAUGUACAGAGAGCCGUCGUUGCACGAUGUGGGGGAGACGGUCCCGAAGGCGGGGGCGCCGCCCAGCAAAAGCACAGCCGAGCCGGCGGUGAUGAACGGAGGGAAGCCCGUCAGCAAACCCGCCAAGACCACAUAGCCCCGCCCUCCCCGGAGCCCCGCCCACUCUGGAGAGCUUGCUUCCUCCUGGCCCAGACUCAAACCCUCUCCUCCUCCUCCUCCUCUCUCUCUCUCCCUCUCUCUCUUUUUCUCUCACGUCUGUGGGUCAGGUUUUCGGGCGAUUCUUUCCCCUUUCUUCGUCUCCUCCUCCUCCUCCUCCUCCUCCUCCCCGGCUCCUCCUCUUUCUCCUCCUCUUUUGCCGCCUCGUCACGAGCGGAUAGGCCCGCCACGUGCGGUCGACCAAAAAAAGAAAAACAAAACAAAACAAAAACAAAACAAAACAAAACGGAAAAAAGUGAAACCCCACAAGGAGGAGAUGACUUGGACAGCUAGCUGGACUCUGACCAUGGAAUGCCCGAGCAGAUAUGGAAUGCCUUUUAAAUCUGUCCUGUAACUGAGACAAUCCAUGAGAAUGGUGUGGUUCACAGCCACGCGUGGUACCUUGCCUGCUGAUGGUUACCCACAAUUCCCUGUGUUGAGCCCUGCCGCGUGAGCAGAGCUAGUGUAAUCCAGAUCUAUUUUCUAUACCAACAGUACACCAGCCACGUUCUGGGUCGAUGCUGUACAGAUACACACUGAAGUGGACUGUCAUCCUCUAUUUUUUACAAGUAUGUCCCCCCCCCCCCUCUUUCUCUUUCUAUCUGUCUACUCGCUCUCUUUGUCGAAUACUUCAGAUAUUUUUUGCAGGGGCUGCUGUGUGUGAUUUUUCUAAUACACGAGCGCGCACACGCAAACACAAACACACACACUGACACGUCUUUGGAGAGUAAGAUGUCGCAGGGUCCCUGGAUCCAGGGAAGACGCAUUCAGGAAGACAGGUUGGGAGGGAGGGGGUGGGGGUGGGGGUGGGGAGGGGAGGGGAUUAGGGGUGGGAGAGGGGACCCAAUCUCCGUCUCGGGCUGAGAGUCGGGGGUUUUCGUUUCCGGUAGAGCGCGCGGGAGAGGCUGGCGAACGGCUCCCGGGGUCGACGCUGGCGAUGCGUUGAUCGACGCCCCCGCCGGAGCUGUUGUGGAGUGGCCCCAGAGGGAGGGGGAGGGGGGGGGGAGGGGGGUAGGGGGCGUAGCUCUUUUUAAGAGGGCCGCUAACAUAUCAGUCCAAUUCCGCCGGUGGUGACGCUUGCCUCACUUCAUUAAAAAAAAAACAAAAAACAAAACAGGAAGCCGAAUUUGUAUGUUUGGUUACUCUUGCUUUAGAGUGCGGGCUCCGGGGGGGUUCUAUAGGCCUUGUGGGCCAGCUGUCCUGCCCCCCCCCCACCCCCACCCACACCCCGACUCCUCAGAACGGAGAGCUGCCCGUGCGAGAUGGCGCCCCCUGCAGGUCAUGGCAGCCAUUCUCCAAAAAAAAAAAAAAAAACAUCUACUUUCGCCGACGCAGAGAAAAAAACAAACAAACAAAAACAAAAAACAAAAUGUCUGAAUGUAAGUGGAUGACUUACUGUAACAGUUGGCUGCCACAACUCAUCCCGUUCACCAAAGCAUGGGCAAAGUCAGCGUCGUGGUCCUCUCUUGCCACAGCAGCAAACGCAAGAGACAGCGCUUAUAUUACAACGUUUUCACUGUACAAAUCAAAAGGAAAAGUUGUUUUCAAAUGGCUAGGCAUUAUGAGAUAUAUUGAGAGGAUUUUAUUUAUUUUUAAAAAAUGUUUUUUUUUUUUUUUGGUUCUUGUAGCUCAGCAUGCAGAGUCCGGUCCAGCUCAUUUUGACCAUUUUGACCCAGUGUGCUGAAAUGCGUACUACACUGGAUUAAGGGCACCAUGUCCUUGGCUCACAACACACACAAAUUAAUAUUUAUUCGUACAUUCAAUCGACAAACAUCGCAUUGCAGCUUUUCAGAAACGGGCGAACAGAAAUCAACCUUUAAAUAAUCUUGAACUUUUUAUUUCUGUCCUCAACUCAACUUUUAACCAAACAAAAAAACAAAAAAAACAAUUGACAUUGCCAAUAGUAAAUAUUUCAAGUCCAUUUCACUGCGGUUUUAACGUCUCUUAAAAACAGAGAAUUUGAUAUUUUGGCCUCCCAUCUCCAAGUCUUUUGAAACCAAAGCAUAGGUGUGUGUCCAGUAGAAUUCUAUAACCAUUCACAUGCAUGAUGUUACUUAAAUGAUCAAAAUAUCAAAGUAUGAGGAAGUUAUAGAAGAAUAACAUUCUGUGGCCACUGUAUUAGGCUGAUUUUCUAUUCUGAAUUCAUUUGGCAUGUUACUGUAGACGGUCAGCUCGACCUGACGCAAAUUAUUUUAAUUAAUUUCAUUAAUUACUUUCUUCAGAAAUAUCUGAAUGUGGUUUUUUUUUUCCUUACAUUUUUCAAGGAUGAUCUCUGUCCUAUUACUCUGUGAUAGUUAAUAAUCAAAUGGUCUUGUUUUUACAAUUUUCAUAGUGGUUGUAUAAAAUAACAGAUAUAAAAAAAGUAUGUUAUAAAAUAGACCGAAGCUGUUAAAUUGCAAAUAUUUUAAGAAAUUAAUUUGAGCAUUUAUCAUUUCUGGAACUUAUGUUACUUCUUCCUAGGAGACGUUGAAGCACAUUAGCUAGUUAAAUAUUUGUCUGUACAAAGCUACAUACAUGCUCCUAUACAAUGCAGCAAUACACAGAAAAACCUUAAACAUCUAAGUUCUACUAGGGCUGGUGUCCCGCAUUCUCAUGAAACAAAUUCAUCGUUUUAAACAGUGAACUCUACAUGCUGGGCUCAACUUGCCCUGCAAACCAGUUGACUGGUUAAUGAAGGCUGAAUUUAUUUUUGUAUAUGACUGGUGUGGAAGUAAACACCUCUGUUCUCUCUCUUUCUUUCUUUCUCUCUCUCUCGCUCUCUGUCAUCAAUCGUUUUUAUUCUCCUCUGUUGUUUCGUUUGUGUUUUUUUUUUUAUACGGGUCAUCUGUGCUUGGUGUUUACUCUGAUGAAUGUUUUGUCUUCGAGCAGUUUCUUUCUUUGGUUUCUUUCCCCGAUACGUUGGAACAUCAUGGCGGAAGAGCAUUACCUGUCAACCCCGUGCUUCUGUUCCCGCUUAAUUUCUCUCAUCCGUUGCAUGGGAAGAGGAUGGCAUCAAAGAACUGCAUGUAGUAGGGAUAUGUGUAUCAAGAACUGUUGGUAUGUACUGCUAACUUUACAUACAUAUAUGCAAAGAGUUUGUCUGCACUGUACAGUUUGUGUUUAUCCGUUGUAUACACAGAUACAACAUAUUGAAUAAAAUAUUUAUACAAAGUU